GUGAAUCUUUUUUUCUUAUACAGGGUCCAUCUCAAAAGAUUUCGAGGUAGGUUCAAUCAGGCUGCCCAUACUCUCGCGAUUCCUGUGACAAUGAGCUCCGCAAAGAGGAAGGAUGCGCCUGGCGGCACAUCUGCUGCCAAAGUACCCAAAACACGCAGCGAUUCGCGCCCAUCGAAAUCACCCAAAUCCGAAAAGGCUAAAUUCGACUCCAAGACGAGCUCCAAGCCGUCCAAGACCUCCGAAUCGAAACCUGCCGCAGCCCCAAGUAUAUCACGACUCAAGGAAGAAGAACCGUUGUUUCCCAGAGGUGGUGGCAGCAUUCUAUCGCCUCUCGAGCACAAGCAGAUACAUGUCCAGGCCAAGCAAGACGUUCUCUUCGAGCAAGAGUCUGGACAAGCUAAGAAAAAGGCAGAGCGAGCCCAUAAGAAGCCGAAAGGGCAAUCAAACGAUGGCAAAGCGAGCAAGCCUGAACAGGGAGGAGACACUGUCAAGAUCGAGAGUCUCAACUACAAGCGUCUUGUCAAGGGGUCGAUGGUGCUGGGCCAAGUUGCCGAAAUCAACGCCCUCGACAUAUCUCUGGCUUUACCGAACAAUCUUGUCGGCCACGUACCGAUUACCUCUAUAUCAGAGACCCUGAAUGAAAGAAUUGCGACAGAAGCGGCGGAAGCGGCAGAAGACGAUGAGAACGACAAGGAGGCGCAGGAAGAUGAUGGUGUUGAUCUGAAGUCGCUUUUCAGACUCGGCCAAUACAUUCGGGCAUACGUUGUAUCGACAAUCGAGGAGACAACUGCUUCCUCCGGCAAGCCUCGAAGGCACAUUGAGUUGUCUCUGCGUCCGGAUCAAACUAACAGUGGGUUGUCAAGCAAAGAUGUUGUGACAAACUGUACCGUCAUGGCAGCGGUUGCCAGUGUCGAAGACCACGGAUUUGUUAUGGAGCUUGGUCUAGAAGAUUCGAAGCUCCGAGCAUUUCUGGCACGGAAGGAGGUUGAUGAAACGAUUCCCGAAUCUCAAAUGCAACCGGGUUCUGUCUUCUUGUGUCUUGUUACCGGCAAGAACGGCCAGGUCGCACAGCUGAGCACAUUGCAAAAGAAGAUGGGCAGUAUCCGAAAUCACGCGUCUGAAGCGACUACCAUCAACACCUUUCUUCCAGGUUCGGCUGUCGAGUUGCUAGUCACGGACAUCUCGGGACGCGGUCUGGCUGGCAAGGUUAUGGGAUCGCUAGAUGUCACAGCCGAUGUGAUCCACUCAGGUGCUGGUCCCCAAGCGCUAGAUCUUGGGGAAAAGUACAAAGUUGGCAAGAAGACCAAGGCUCGAGUCAUCUGCACGUUCCCUACUGCCGAUGACCCCAAGUUAGGCGUGUCAUUGCUCGACCACAUCGUAUCUCUUGAACCAAAGACGGUGGAAUCCAGCAACAAGUCGCCAGUGGAAGUCAUACCGCUCUCCAGUAUAGUCGAAAAGUGCACAGUCACCAGUGUUGAACCAGAAAUAGGUGUUUUUGUCGACAUUGGAAUUGAAGGGGUGUCUGGCUUUGUGCACAUAUCCAGACUUAAAGAUGGCAAAGUUGAUAUGGUUUCUGAGUCCACGGGCCCUUUCAAGCUACAAUCUGUUCACCGCGGGAGGGUCGUUGGAUACAAUGCUGUUGACGGUGUGUUCCAACUCUCUUUCGAGCAACAUGUUCUCGAACAACCAUUCCUCAGGUUGGAAGACAUUCCCGUGGGUGAAAUUGUCCAUGGUAUCAUCGAGAAGCUUGUCAUCGGCCCAGAUGGUGUGAGCGGUUUGCUUGUCAAGUUGGCCGAAGGCUUGACUGGUUUCGUUCCCGAAAUACACCUGGCUGAUGUCAAGCUGCAACACCCGGAGAAGAAGUUCAGAGAGGGCAUGAAAGUCAAGUCCCGCGUCCUGUCAACAGACCUCGUCAAGCGACAAAUCAGGCUCACUUUGAAAAAGACCCUCAUCAACUCCGAGGCAAUUCCGCUAAAGUCUUUCGAUGAAGUGGCGGUGGGCUUGCAGGUUCCAGCUACCAUUAUCAACGUCCUUGGAAAUGGAGCCGUCGUUCAAUUCUACGGCUCGAUGAGAGGUUUUCUGCCUAUCGCAGAGAUGAGCGAGGCUUAUAUUCGUGAUCCUAAGGAAUAUUUUCGCGUCGGCCAAGUGGUUGAUGUCCAUGUUCUUAAUUUCGACGCCGUCGAGCAGAAGCUCUAUGUGUCCUGCAAAAAUCCCGCGGCUUUUGGCAUCGAGAAGCAGCUGGCGCUCAAGAAGCUGAGCCUCGGAGACAUUAUAUCAGCCAAAGUCGUACAAAAGACAGAGGGUCAUGUCUUCGUGGAGUUAGUCGACAACUCACUGAGAGCUAUGAUCUCUGUAGGUCACCUUGCAGACGGUUCCACCAAGAAGAACCAGGCGGUCUUGAAAAAGAUUUAUGUGGGACAGACACUCACUGAUCUUGUAGUAUUGGACAAAAUUGAGGGCAGACGCUUCAUUGCGCUGAGCAAGAAGCCCUCUCUGAUGAAGGCUAGCCAGGAGGGGAAACUGCUCACUUCAUUUGACGAUGUCAAAGUUGGCCAGCUUUAUCCAGGUUACGUCAAAAAUAUCACGGCUACAGCGGUCUACGUCCAGUUUGCUGGCCCUCUUACCGCCUUGGUGCCGAAAUCAAGGCUACCACAAACUAUCCAGAAAGAAGCUAGCUUUGGAAUGGAGAAGCAUCAGUCAUUUCUCGUCAAGAUUUCAUCUGUGGACAGAGAGCGCCAGAGAAUUUUUGCCGCUCAUCCUGACAGUGAGAAGAUUGAGAAGAAUGAGACGGCAGGCCGUUCGUCUCAUAUGUCCGCCGCAGUGGAGAAUCCAGUAGACGAAGCGAUUACUUCAACGGACGACGUUUCUGUUGGUCGUGUCACAAAAGCCAAGAUCGUAUCCGUCAAGGGCACGCAGCUUAAUGUUAAGCUGGCUGACAACAUUCAAGGCCGUGUGGAUAUGUCAUCCGUCUUUGACUCUUGGGACGAGAUUACUGAUGUCAAAGCACCUUUGCGCAAAUUCCACCAGGGGGAUGUCAUUCCUGUCCGAGUAUUGGGUGUGCACGAUGCAAAGAACCACCGAUUCUUACCCAUCUCCCAUCGAUCCACCAGCUCAAUCCUCGAACUCUCCAGCAAACCAAGCGAUGUGAAGGGCGCUGCGGUUGAGUCGUUGUCCUACGAGAAGCUCGAAAACGGAUCUACUUAUGUGGCGUUCGUGAACAAGGUCCAGGACCGUACCCUUUGGGUGAAUCUCUCCCCAAAUGUUCGGGGCAGAAUCAACACUUUGGAUAUUUCCGAUGAUGUCUCCCUCCUCGAGAAUCUGUCGUCUAAUUUCCCAGUUGGCUCCGCACUGCGCGUGCGAGUCCUCGCGGUUGACCCGUCCCAAGGCCGUCUCGAUCUUUCGGCCCGGUCAUCUGUCUCAUCGCCUGCACUUACGUGGGGUACUGUCAAGAAGAACAUGGUUCUUCCGGGACGAAUAACGAAAAUCAACGAGCGACAAAUCAUGGUUCAGCUGAGUGAGACGGUUUCUGGGCCUAUCCACCUGGCAGACAUCAGCGACGACUUUGAUGAUGCCAACACUAUGAACUACAGCAAGAACAGCGUCAUCCGAGUCUCGAUCGUUGACCUUGACAAAAGCAACAAGAAGGUCCGCUUGUCGUCCCGACAUUCGAGGGUGUUGAAUUCGUCGGCAGAAGUCAAGGAUAGAGAAUUCACCGAUGUAUCCCAAGUUGUUGUGGGUGAUAUCGUGCGUGGAUUUGUUAAAAACGUCUCUGACAAGGGACUCUUUGUGACUCUCGGUGGAGACGUCACAACCAUGGUCAAGAUAUCGGAUCUUUCCGACAGGUUCUUGAAGGAUUGGAAAGAUUCUUUCCAAGUCGACCAGAUUGUCAAAGGACGAGUGACCUCAGUUGACCCUACAGUGGGACAAAUACAAAUGAACCUCAAGCCAUCGGUUGUAGAGAAAGACUACGUCCCCUUGCUCAACUACCAAGAUCUUCGCGAAGCUCAGAUUGUCACUGGAAAAGUUCGGAAAGUCGAAGAAUUUGGAGCAUUCAUCCUUGUUGAUGGUUCCAAUAACGUCAGCGGACUUUGUCACAGAAGCGAGAUGGCCGAGAAGUCCGUCGACGAUGCGCGGAAGUUGUUUAGCGAGGGAGACGCUGUCAAAGCCAUCAUUCUUAAACUUGAUAAGCAGAAGAGGCGUAUUAACUUUGGAUUGAAGCCCUCGUAUUUUGAAGGCGAAGGCAGCGACGAGAGUGAUGAUGAUGACGCUGGUGCACCGCUUAUCUCGGAUGAUGAAGACGAAGACAUGGAUGAUAAUGUCAGCGCUGUUAUUAUCACAGGGACCGAUAAUGUCGAAGAAGAAGAACCAGAGGGUGAGGAUAUGGAGAUGACUGACGCAGCGGGAGAGGUUGAAGGCCUGGAUGCUGGUGGCUUUGACUGGGAUGCCGACGCUGUCAGCAAGAAGCGUGGACCUGCCUCUGUGGUAGAUGAGAAGCCCGGCUCUCAGGAUAAGAAGAAGAAGCGAAGGAAAGCUCAAAUUGAAGUUGACAAAAGUGGCGACCUCGAUGCAUUCGGUCCCAGAACUGCUGCCGACUACGAGCAACUCCUCAACCGUCAACCGAACUCGUCAACGCUGUGGAUUGAGUACAUGGCAUAUCAAUUGCAAUCUAGUGAGCUGGCAGAGGCCCGCAAGGUGGUUGAACGUGCUAUUACCACCAUUAACAGCGUCGAGGAAACGGAGAAGCUCAAUGCAUGGAUUGCAUAUCUCAAUCUUGAAGUUCGCUUUGGGACUGAAGAGACCGUGGAGGAGGUUUUCAAGCGCGCGUGCCAAGUCAAUGAUCAGCAAGAAGUGUUCCAACGACUAGCGAGUAUCUACAUUCAAGAGGACAAACCCGAGAAAGCAGAUGAGCUCUUCCAGGCUCUUGUGAAAAAGUUUGGCUCCACCUCACCAGAAGUGUGGUAUAACUAUGGCCAUUGGCUCCACGCAGUACAGAACCAGCCUGAUCGCGCCAAGGCUCUCAUGCCCCGUGCAAUCCAGGCGCUCCCGACCCAAGCCCACCUUCCGUUGAUGACCAAGUUUGCGGGGCUGCACUUCAGCUCGGAGAACAAGAACCCGGAACUCGGACGGACCAUGUUCGAAGGCCUCAUUGCACAGUUUCCCAAGCGGUUCGAUCUGUGGAAGCAACUGCUUGACCAUGAAGACGUACCUGGAGCAGACAAGGCAGUCGUGCGGGACGUGUUUGAGAGGGCGCUAAAGGCAAAGGGACUCAAGCCUCGGGCUGCCAAGAAGUGGUUCAAGAGAUGGGCGGACUGGGAGGAGAAGAAUGGCGACCAGAAGAGCCGCGAGAAGGUUGGUGCCAAAGCUGCAGAGUGGGUGAGAGCGAGGACAGACUCAAAGGCUGACGCCGGCGACGAGGAGGAUGCCGAUGACGAUUAGUUGCCUCGAAGAUGGAAGUUGCAUUAAUGGCGUCCGGAUACCAAAAUAGUCACAAACGACCCUUUUGUUUUUUUGAGCCAGAGUUUAUAAAAUGUACAAUUAUAUAAUUGACGUUCCUGUCAUU